UCCAUUUUGUUUCUAUGGUAGUGUCCACCUGGAUGAUUAGUUAGUGAUACCAGACAAGACUUUUCUUGAAGGACAGACAGUAUUACAGAUAACAGACCAGAUUUCUUGGCAUCCAUUUGCAUCUUUGAAGGAUAGAAGAUUUCUUUGACACAAGAAUAGAACAGUGAUUAUCAGGAAACCAUAAACUUAAUUGAGAGGAAAAAAUGAGUGAUUUAUAGGAAACCUGAACUUCCAAACUUAACUUAAAAAUACAUGAAAUGUGACUUAGAUAUUUAAACAAAAUGGCAUACAUACUAAAAUCAAUUACAGAAUAGAAUCAAUCUGAUUUUCUCAAUUUUCAGGCAGGACGAAGGAAAGUGGAGGACGAAGUAAAAUUAGGCAGCUAGAUGGUGAAGCCAGCCUGGAAUCAGGAAGACAUGAGUUCAAAUCCAGCCUUGGACACUUACUAGAUCAUUUCUACCCAAUCCUUAUUGGCUGGAAGGACUGAAGGGCAAACAACUCAGGUCAAAAGCCCUUAGGUGUGAGCACCAUUGUGAACCUUGAGGCCCAUUUUUGUGAAAACAGAAAAAAAGGUAAGAACUCAUUCCCAUUGAAGAAACUAGAAGCAUUUGGGGACAUCGGAAUUCUAACCUUUGGAGGGAGGACUAAAGGGGAGAAACGAUAAAAAGGACACAAAAUAACUCAGCUAAAAUUUUUUCCUGGUAGAACUUUGAGCAAAGAGCUAGCCUUAUCUUUUUUCUGAGUCAAAUCUCUGAAAAGACUGGCAUCAGAAGUAAGUUUCUCUUGGAGAAAAAAUGAAAUCUUUAUAUUUAAAAAAGGCAUCUCAAUUCAAUUAGUGAAUCCUAAGUAUGAGAGGGAAGAAAAAUGAGAGACUAAGGGGAAAAAUAUUUGGAUUGAAUGCACAUGUUGUUCUUAAGGGAAGGGAAUUUGGAAAACAGAGAUUAUGACUUGAGUUUUUUUGUUUUGUUUUGUUUUUUGCCCAGUUGACAUCACCAAACAUCGGUAAUGUGAUUGUCCUGAGGCUUUGAAAUGACUGGGUUGUUCCUAAAUGACUCAAUAAGGCAGGCAAAACUGGAGAUCUUUGGUAAUACUGAUAGGAAGUAAAGAGGCUUUCUUCAAGAGAUGGAAAUGCUGAAUUGUGGGAUAAGAAGAAAGGUGAGAAUUCAGCCCUAUAGUGGAGUGGAAGCACUGUGAAAAUGCAGUUCUCAUCUUUUGUGAGUGGAGUCAAGGGAGGGCAAACCAAAGGAAGACACAAAACAAUCCCCAAUAACUCAUUCCUAAUAGCUUUUGCUGCCAGAGCUCAAAGAUCCCAAGGGUAAAGGCUGGCAUUAUCUCUCCUGAGAGGAAUAUCUGAGAAGGAAGAAAUCAGAAGCUUAGGAACAUGGAUGCAAGAAACUUAAUUGAAAACCUCAAGGCAGAUCUCACUUGCUCUAUCUGCCUGGGCUACUUCACUGAUCCAGUGACUGUCAAUUGUGGCCACAGCUUUUGCACAGUCUGUCUUCUCAGGUGCAGAGAAGAAGCAGAUGCAACAUUCAACUGCCCAGAAUGCAGAGGAAUCAUCAAAGACAGUGAUUUGGUGCCUAAUAGGAAUUUGCAGAAUCUGUCUAUCACUGGCAAAAGGCUCAGACCUCAUCUGCUUCAGAGCAUGGUGGACCUGGCAGUGUGUGAUCAGCAUGGGGAAAAAGAGAAGCUCUUCUGUGAAGAGGACCAGAGGCUCCUCUGUGAUUCCUGUUUAUUAGCUCCAGGGCACAAGGAUCACACAGUCCUUCUCUUGGAAAUGGCUGCUGACAAAUGCAAAGACAAGCUUCAGCACACCCUGAACACCUUACAACGAAAAAAAGAAGAAUUUAAGAUUGCAUUGGACAGAGUGAGAAGUAGAGAGGCACUCUGUAAGGAGGAUAUAUACUCUUUGAAACAAUUAGUUAUUUCGGAAUACGAGAAAGUACAUGAUUUCUUAUGGGAUGAAGAAGAGCGACACCUACAAAAACUGGACGAACAAUACACAGACAACCUGGCAAAACUGGAGCUCAACAAGGCAAAACUGUCACAACAAAUUCAAAAUGUGCAAAGAAUGAUAUUAGAAGUAGAGGAGAAUUUGGACAAGGGGCCCUUGGAAAUGCUCCAGGAUAUGAAGGACACUUUGGCAAGGAAUGAGGAGCUGCUCCUUCAAGAACCAGAGGUUGCUUCCCUUGCCUGGGCCACCAGCCCCAUCACUGGCUUGACAGAGAUGCUCAUGAGUUUCCAGAGUGAUAUAAGUCUUGAUCCUGAAUCAGCCAAUCCACACCUCAUCCUGUCUGAAGAUCUGAAGAGUGUCAAGUAUGGAGAUGUCCCACAGGAACUUCCUGACAACAAGGAAAGAUUUGAUUAUGCUCUUGCUGUACUGGGGGCCCAGACCUUCAGCUCAGGCAAACACUAUUGGGAAGUAAAGGUAGGGGGUAAGACAGAAUGGGAAGUGGGCAUCUGUAAAGAUUCAAUCAGGAGAAAAGGGAAACUCUCCUCAUUAUCUGAGGAUGUAUGGAUCCUAGUAAGCUUCAGAUCUGGAAAUGAUUGGUUCCUGGGAAAUUCUCAAGAUGGCUUUCAUCUGAGCCAACCCAUAGACAAAGUGGGCGUUUUUCUGGAUUAUGACAAAAGACAUGUAGCAUUUUAUGAUGUCAUAGAUGGAUCCUUUAUUUCUAGUUUCUCAGACAUAACCUUUGAAGGGCCUAUUCGCCCUUACUUCUCUCCUUGCUGUCCUAAUGAAGAAAGUACUCCUGGGUCACUCAUCAUCUGCCCCAGGAGUAAUCGGUAGAAAUUUAUCAAUCAUGUUAAUUAGUAUGUGAGAUUCUGAGUGAGAAGUGAAUGACAAUGACAUUAAAAUACAUUUCUCUUCAUUUGAACUCAUGUUUGAAAUGACCAAUAAAAUUAUAUAUGAUUAUUAAAUCCAAUGAGACUAAAGUCUAUUUUGUUUAUACUUGGUAUCCAAGUAGAAAACUGGGGACAUUUUUUUUUAACAAUUAGAUGAUUCAGAGGCACUUAAAUUAUAGAUUAAUUGUUAAAGCAGGCAUAAAAGAAAGGGGGAAAGAACUGAAGUGAGAAAAAGUGGAGGAAAAACUAGUAAGUAGAGAAUGAUUAAAAAGGGAGAUGAAUGAAUGAACAAACAAAUGAAUGGAUGAAAGAGAAAAUGGCUCUCUUAGAUGAAAUCCAUGGAUGAUGAGUAUGGGAAAAUGAUAGUCAUGAAAAAAGAAAGACAAAAUGAUGACCAUAUUAACCUCAAGCAACUUCCACUCUUAGGAACUCUUAGGAAAAUAUUUUACCGUAUUAUUUGAUUCCCAUUAUUAAUUUGUAAUAUUCCUUUUUGGGGUCUAAACCUUUGACAAGCUCAGAAAGAGAUUUUUCAUUAGUCCUAUAAAUAUUCUUUAUUUCUUGCCCUUAAAGCAUAUUCUAAAUUUGAAAUAAUUUGAGAAUCUGAGUUCUUCUGUCUAUAAACAAGAAGUAAUCUGUACCAGAUACUAUGUAGGGGUGGUGGGUCUGUGUUCUUGAUACUCCUACUGAAAUGGGGGGCAUUUAGUUUGUAGAAAAGAGAGCUUAAGCAGAUUGAGCUGGAUCUUUCCAACUUGAUCACCAAAGGCCAUCAGAAUUUUAUGGUACAGGCUUUGCUUCUCAUGAUUCCCUCCUCCCCCCCCCCAUGAAAAAAUUGGAGAAAUGUUUGGAAAAUAUUAGUUCCUCCUCAUUUGAGGUCCACUAAUUAUAGUUGUUUUUGAUUUUCAGGGAGGUUGGGUUAAGACCAUUCCCCAUUGGGACCAUUCCCCAUUUAAACAAUGAAGUAAUUUAGAUCAGGAAUGUGAGAACUCUACUUAGAUCAGGAAUGUGAGAACUCUACUUCACCAUACUUGAGCAUGCCUUAGGGGAAGAUAAAGUUGUAAACUCUUUGCUGAACAAUGAAAAGUAAUUAAACCCAUACUUAAAAUAAUACAAAAAGUUCUUAAGCUGUGCCUAUUUUUGGAUAUAAUACAAAAGGGUGCUAAGUACCUAUAAAGGUCAGGCAACUUGUGAACUUACAAGGAGCAAAGAGGUGAGAACUUACUCAGAGAUUCUAGUCUACUCAGGUGUGAAUUACUCAAAAGAUUAGUCUUCUCAGGUGUGAACUAAGAAUGGUCAGUCCUUUGAAAAAACAUCUACUGUGAUUGGUAGAUGGGAGAACUUAGGGGAGUUGACAUAGGAGAAAAUUCCCUUUAUAAGGAGAUGAAAAUCUGAGAGCAAGAAACAGUCUCUUGAGAAUAGUCUCUUGAGACAGUCUCUUGAAGACAGUCUGAGGGAGGCUGACUCUGGCUGGAACUCCCUGUGAGGAGACUCUGUCCCUCUGAAUCCUUGCUUGGACAGACCUUGUGAUGAGUGAUAAAAGACUGACUGAUCCCUCUCUUCCUAGGCUGGCUCAUGCUGGCCUAGGCUGGUAUAGCCCUUUUCUCAUUAUUUCCUUUUUCUCUCUUUCUCUCUUUCUUAAUUCCUCAUUUGUAUUAAUUAAAAUCUCUAUAAAACCCAGCUGACUUGGAUAUAUUGAAUAAUUGGGAAUUUUUCCCUGGCGACCACCUUAUAUAUUGAUUUAAAAACAAGACAUUGUAAUGAAAACAUAUUUUCUGCGGUCACAAUUUACUCAUCCACUCUUUUAUCUACUACAAUUUAUAUCUUCCACUAUUUUAAUCAACUACAGUUUAUGACAUCACUAUUUUAAUCAUUGCAGUUUAUGAAGGCCCAACUAUUUUAAUUAUCACUCUACAUACCUUCUGGGAAGUAAAGUACAGGAAGGACAAUUGAUUAGCUUACAAUGGAAAUAAAUAUGUAGGAGGACUAUUUGGGAGAGGUCUCUGAUACAAUGGGAGAAACUUCUAAAACAAAGAGGUACUUGAGACAUGAUUAUAACUAAUAAUUCUAUCUAAGCUGAGAUCAUUGGGUACUUUAGGCUUUAUUGUUCAGUCUAAGACAAGGGCCAGUCUGUGGCAAAUUCCCAAGGGACAAAGGCAAAUUUGGAGGUUCUAUAAAACAAAAUUGUCACUUCCCCCUUUUGGUCAGAGUGAUUUUCACCAUUGACCACAAUAAAAGGACAAAGGAGUGUAUGUCCAAGAGUGUCUGACACUCUGUUACUAAAGGUAGGAGACAAGGGGCAUAAGUAUGGACAAUUGGCAUCUGGGGACAUUCCCCAUCUACAGAAACAGCAUUGACAGUUAGCCAGAAGACAGGCAUUCUGCCUUUGGUAAAAUCUUAACAAUAAGAAUGACCCCAUUUCCCAAAUCUGUCAGGUCUUUCAAGUCUUUUAGGUCAUGAUGUAGGCUUCAGUGUCCUUCUUUUAUGGAAAAUAAAUAAAAAUACAAGCUAAUACUAAAUAAAAUUCAAAUUGAGUAUCCUAUUAUAAAACCUAAAGCAAUAUUAAGAAUGCUUGAAUGAAAAUUUCAUUUUCAAAACAAUUUUAAAAUAAAAUUCAAAAACUCUCAAAACUAAAAAUUAAAUUCAAAAAUUAAAUUACUUACUUCCCUAAAAUUCAACAUUCUCACUUCCCCCUUUUGAAGAACGAGAUUCUAAGAAUCUAAAACAACAUUGUUUAAUUCACUUUAACUGUUUAUUUAACAACCAUGCUCAAAUGGAGUAGACAUUUUACUCAUAUUGCUAUUAUUUUUAAAAAUUAUUUCAGAUUCCUUUUAUUCUUGUGCACUUUUAUGUCAUGCUUCUUCUCUAUAAAUGUUAAAUAAUACUACAUUAAAACACAUCCCAGUAAAUGGAUUUCUGUCUGGGGUAACAAUCUCAUAGGCCAUUAAAAAAAUUAUUUAUCUGUUUAAUUUUUUGAAUGACUAAAAUUCUAUAUAUCUGCCUCUUCAAUUCCUUAGCCUAGCUAAGACUAUUUUACUCUUAAUAAUUACAGAAAACUUGUCAUAGGAGAAAAGAGGGAAAUAACUAAAAUAAGGGAGUAAUUCUCCCCUAAUUUGGAGUAUUAAUGCCAGGUAUAAGUUGUCAAUGAUACAGAGCCACAUAUAGAACCUGCCAGGUAUAAAACUGUUCUUUCUAGGGACUCUAGCUAAGUAUCCUCUCAGUCUUCCCAUGAUCUGGAACUUUACAUUCAGUUACCAGAAGACAGCCAAAGGACAGCUUGCAUCACAAUGUUCUCCAUAGCAUUUCUUCCAAUUACAUUCCCAUACAAUUUAACCUCAAACAGCAGUUGUCUCCAAUCAUGUUUAGGGUUAAAUAUAACCAUCUCCUGUUGUUAACAAUUAUAUCCAUAAAAAUUAUCAAGCUCUAUUAUUCUUUCCUAAAAUCUUCUGAUAUCAGAUUGAGAAAUAAUUACAUUCUGCAAUUAUUUAUAGAUACUGAACAUAGGAUAAGUAAUGCAAACUUAGAAAAGAACUCUGGAAAUUUUGUUUUAAAUCUUCAAAUUAACAAAUAUAUUAAACCUCAACAAAAUAAAACAUCACUGAGUUGAAAUUUUCCUAUUCUGGCUAGAUAUGGGGAUUAGCUUUUUUUCCUUUCUAACUUCUCUACUUCUCAUGUUAAAGUAAUUGACAAUCAUAAAAAGGGACCUCAAUUAGGGUAGGUACCAUUAGAACUCCCAGAGGAAUUAAAAAUUCCAGCUUCUGGAGAGACUUCCAGGUAAACAUGGUGGCAGUGUAAACACAGGAGUCUUCUUCUCCUUAUCACCUACCGAGAAAUAUUACCUCAAAAGGCCAAAAAAAACCCCCAAAAUCCACAUGAACAAAGGGACUCCACAGCAGGGCACUGCAUUGAAGGUAUGUAGUAUUUGGGCAUUUCCACACUAAAAGGGGAUGAAAUAGCUUCCACCAAAGCACGAGAUGAUCAGACCUCCCCCACCCCACACACAGUGUGCUAGAAUUAGUGAGUGAGCAUGGGAUAUCUCUGAAGCAAGCAAGGGGCACCUCUAGGUCCUCAGUAGCUGACUGAGACCACCAAGGGCCUACCCCUGAGAGCAAUUAGACUUGAGACCCCAGUAGGCUGAGGAGCACAGACCUUGGGCACAAAGAUAGUGCAGGCAAGGGCAGGCAGCAAACCAUAGAAGCUGCAGAGAGUCAAGAGGUGGCCUCAGGCAAAAACCACUCUCCUUAGCUCAAUACACAGAGAGCCUGCCCUCCUCACUCAGACUUCUGACUGGAAAGGUAAGGAAAACCAACAUACUGAUGCAAAAAAUGCCCAGGAAAAACACCCCUCCCAACACCAAGAGAAACAAGAAGAAGUCAUUGACCCUGAAUAAUUUUUAUUGAGGAAAAAUCCAGAAUACAGAGGAAAUAGCAGAAGUGGACAAACAAAUCAAUACAUCCAAACUUUCCAAAAACAUGGAAAUUGGCCACAAGCUCUUGAAGAAUUUAAAUCAGAGCUUAUGAGAAAGACGGAUGAACUUUGGCAAGAAAAGUGGGAAAUAGUUCAAAAAGAAAAUAACAGUUUAAAAGGCAGGAAUUCACAACUGGAGACCAAAACUAAACAGCUGGAAGCCAUGAAAAGCAGGAUAGACCAAACCGAAAAGGAAAAUCAAAAGAUUAAAAUGGAAAAUCAAAAGAUUAUAGUGGAAAAAUCAGUCUUUAAAGACCAGAAUUGGGCAAAUGGAAGCCAAUGAUCUUGCAAAACAGCAAGAAUUAAUAAAGCAAAGUCAAGAGACUGGCAAAAUAGAAGGAAACAUAAAAUAUCUCACUGACAAGAUGAUAGAUCAUGAGAACCAGUCUAGAAGAGACAAUUUGGAAUCACUGGUCUAUCUGAAAAUCCAGAAAUAAACAGAAAUCUUGACAUCAUACUACAAGAAAUUAUCCAAGAAAACUGCCCUGAUGUUCUUGAACAAGAGGGAAAAAGAGACAUUGAAAGAGUUUAUUGAACACCUUCUACACUAAAUCAUCAAAAGACAACCCCCAGGAUUGUAAUUGCCAAAUUCAAGAGCUUCCAAGCUAAGGAGAAAUUUUUAAAAGAAGCCAAAAAGAGGAAAUUCAGAUAUUAAGUAGCAAGAAUCAGGAUCACAUAAGAUCUGGCAAAAUUUUCACACUAAAGGACUGCAAGGCUUGGAAUAUUGAUAUUCAGAAAGGCAAGAGAAUUGGGGCUUCAACCAAGGAUCACCUACCCAUCAAAACUGACUAUAUACUUCCAGGAGAAAGUAUGGACAUUCAACAAAAUAGAAGAUUUCCAAGUAUUUGUAAAGAAAAGACCAGAACUAAGUAGAAAGUUUGAUAUCCAAACCCAAAAAUCAAGAGAAACAUAAAAAAGGUAAAUAAGAAAGAGAGGGGAAAGGGAAAACAUUUUUAAAUUUAAUUUUUCUUCUUUAAGGGCUUCAAUAAGACCAAAUUUUUUAUAUUAAUACAUGAAAAAUGUUAUUUGUAAACUCUCAAAAAUUAUAUUCACUACUAUAGUAAUAAGAAUUAUUCAUAGGUAGAGUUUGGGGUAAUAAGUGGUCUGAA